AUGAUACACUACGUUGUUCUUCACUCGAUGAACUUGAAGAAUUGGUCGAUCAUGGACGAAUCGUUGUGCCUCCUCAAAGUGACGAUGACAAUGGCGAUCACCAAAGGCGGUGUAAUACCAUUGAAGACACUCCGUCCUGUGCUGUUUGUGGAUGAUCAAACUCCUACACUUCGAUAUCUGUGGGCAAGGAUAUACGACACGCUCAGCCUGAUCAGUGGCGUCAACAAUAAGUCAUCCGUGAACAUUGGCACAUCACUCAAGUCUUGGCAAACAGUCUAUGAUAAAAGAUUUAAAGAGGAGUUUGGGGAAGUGCUCGAUGCGCUGCCUGAUGGCGGCCUGGCCUACUUGUCAAUCCGCGUUAGUUGCGAACCCCCCGCAUCACUGCUGUCCUUCCCAGCACUGCGCAAUCUUCAGAAGCUAAGGAUCAUCGAUGACCUGAGCAUCUUUUGUCAAAUCACAUUCCAACGAAUGACCGAAAUCAUUCAGUCCCUAACGAUCAAUGGUAUUAGAUUGCAAUCACUGGUGCUUCAUCUGGGACUGAUGAUGAUGGAUGUUGGCGGGGAACCAUUCCAAGCGGCACUCCUCGACUACAUCCAGACGACAUCACGCGAUACACUCACAACGUUCAAGUACAACAAUGCAUUGAAUGAUGAUGUCAACAAGUACUUGAUGCAGUCGCCCGAGUGCAAGAUCACCAACCUAUCAUUGAUGUUUGAUCGGUUCAGUCGUCCACCCGCGAUCACAAGACCACUGAUCAAGUUCACGUAUGACGAGAGCCAUCCUCAGGUCGAGACCAUUGACAUUGAGUUUGUCAAGUCGUUUAACCAGGUGCGACACUUCCGUCAGCACCCCAUGAUGGAGAUGCUCUUCCAUCAUGACUUUGAGUCACAAUCAAUCUCUGCCGAUCUAUUCAACUUGAUCAACAACAACCAUUUUGAUACACUAUGUUCAUGGUUUAGCAAGAACACAACUAUUCAAUAUCUUUAUAACUUAACAGAUAAGAACAAAGAGAUAAUAGUGGAUCAAGACAAAUUUGAUCAAUUCAAUCAACUUGUUAUCCAACAUCCAUCACUGGUCAAUAAGUCAACAUGGCAUUGGAUAGUAUACGUUCGCAACACAGACUUUGCCAAUGAUGAUUGGGACUAA